CAGCCCUUUACAGUUCAAAAGUAUCGAAGAUCCCUUUUCUCAGUACAACAGACAAGAAUAAAUCCAUUGAGAACAUUAAAACAACCAUGUCUGACCAGAUCACCAUCACCAUCAAGUCGUCAGGAGACACCAAGUACGAGGUUACUGUUUCCCCCACGAUAACCGUGUUGGAAUUGAAGACUGAGAUUGCCGACAAGUCGUCGAUCCCAGCCGAUCGCCAAAGACUCAUCUAUUCCGGUAAGGUUUUGAAGGACACAGAGACCGUUGCCUCUUACAAGGUGCAGAGCGGUCACACCAUCCAUUUGGUGAAGAGUGCUGGAACCAAACCUUCAGCAAAUGCUGCUACUACUGGUGCCUCCAGUGCAGAAACCACAGGAUCCUCCAACGCCGCCACUGCCGCCACCAGCAAUUCUGCUUCCACUGCUGGUAUUCCUUCCAGUCUUGCUGCUGGUCAAGGUCUGUUCAACCCACUUGCGGACUUGACCGGAGCUCGCUAUGCCGGAUACGCACAACUUCCUUCCUCCUCGAUGUUUGGACCUGACGGAGGCAUGAACCAAAAUAUCCCUGACCCAGAACAACUCUCCCAAAUGAUGUCUAACCCACUUGUUCAAGAACAGAUGAACCUGAUGUUGUCCAAUCCUCAGAUGCUCGAGUACAUGAUCAACCAAUCUCCACAAUUGAGAGCCAUGGGCCCUCAAGUGAGGCAAAUGAUGCAAACUCCAUUCUUCAGACAAAUGAUGACCAACCCUGAAAUGAUGCGCUCCAUGAUGGAAAUGAAUAGAGGGUUUGGUGGUGCCGCUGGAGGUGAUGCCCCUGCUUUCCCAGCCCCUGGUAAUGCCACUGGCCAAGAUUCAGACGCUGAUGCAGCUACCGGAGCUGGAGCUGGUGCUGGUGCUGGAGCUGGAGCUGCCAACCCAUUUGCUUCUAUGUUCCCCGGUGGAAUGCCACCAAUGGACCUUGCUGGUCUUUUGGGCGGAGCUGGUGGAUUUGGUGGUGCCCCAGCUGCAGCUGCAGCUCCGGCCGACAACAGACCACCAGAAGAGCGUUAUGAGAACCAGCUCAGACAGCUCAACGAUAUGGGGUUCUUUGACUUUGAUAGAAACGUAGAGGCCUUGAGAAGAACCGGAGGAAGUGUACAAGGAGCUAUUGAACAUUUGUUAUCCAACAUUUGAUGAUCUCCAAAGAACUAGGAAACUUGAUAUUAUGCUAGUGAUUUAAUAAAUAAGAUUAGAAA